AUGGUUCAUGAUGGUAAUUAUUAUCAUGGUUGCGAAUUUCGCUACUAUCACGAUAGUAAUGACUGUUAUCGUACGGAACAGGCUUUAUACAUAUUAUUGGUUUAUUUUAAAACGAUUAUAUAUGUAAAAUAUAUUUUCGGUCGAGUAUAUUUACAUGGGUCUUAAGACACUUUGAGUAUUAUACGCGCGAAGGAAUAAAAUAUAAGUCCACGCAACACUCUAAGCCGCGAAUCUCGAAUAUUUUAAAUUGAUUUUACGCGUGGUACAUUAUCAUCACCGUUGACAAUACACUCGAAGAUUCGGUACUUUAUAGUAUAGUAAUACCUAAAUAAAUUUCCAGCGCAUUCUCGUUUGAAUUUUACAGAGCAUUAACAUAAGCUCGGUAAAAAAAAAAAAAAAAAAAAAUACGGCACUGUUUCUCAUAAAUAUGUAAAAGACUAUAUUAUAUACCUGCGUUAUAUUGUCACUUAUUCUCGUAUACCUCUAUAAUGCCGUUUCAAAGAACCAAGAGCUCGGCAUACCUGCGGCCCCUCCAACGGGCGAGUUCACAAGCAUUAACGUAGGUAUACGUGUAAUAUUUUGCAGUUCGUAAACUAUUGAAUUCUCGAUCGGUUAGGUGAGUUAUUGAAUUGAUUUCGUAAAUAAAAUUCGAAAACCGUCGUGUACAACAAUGUACGAUAAUCAUAUUGACAUCCGGGCGCGCGCGUUGAUAUCCCGACCUAUAAAUAUUUCGAAGCAUUUCGACUGUUGCGACCGACGCAGUGCGAACCGAAACCGGUGACGAUAAUUUUCCAUCGCGAUAAUUCUAUUGUUCGCGUUCAAUUAUAACGACACGGCUGUGUAAUAUUUCAUCGCGGUAUUAAUUAGACUCUCGCAGGCGUUUGAACGUGAUGGAUUCAACGCCUUGUGAAAAAAAAAUAAAAAAAAAAAUACGCCUAUUUCACGGUCGCGUCGUAACCAUUUUAGAUUGCCUACGGUGAUAACCGUACAACGCUAGUGAAACAAUUAUUAACUUGGGUAACUGUAAUCUGUAACCGCCGAAUGUCUGUACAAUAUCACUAACGUGAGAUUUUUUCCGCGACGUGCGACGAGCGGACGAGAAAGAAAAAAAAAUCGCCUACGACGGGGGUAGCGUGUAACAUUAAAAACAGACAAAUAUUUAAAUCGAAUGUCACGGGUCAUCGGACUCGUCGAUCGAAUAACCGUGUACAUUUUCAACGCACACGCGUAUACGUGUGUAUAGAUAUAUGUGUGUGCCUACGAAUAAAUACACAAAGCCUCGCGGGUACGAUCGAUUGUGCCCAGGGUGCAGAUGUCUAUUAUUAUAACGUUAUAGAGAACUUUUUUUUUUUAAAAGCGUUCCGUUUCCCCUGAAACGUUGGCCGCAAGUCAGCCGUUAAUAUUUUUACACUUUUAUGCAUAGUAUUUUUUUGUCUAUAACCGCACCGACUCGAUCGCACGGAUGCUGUUGUUUUAUCAUCAUUGGCUGUUUUUUGUUUUUUUUUUUUUUUUUGUUUUGUUUUUACCCCAUUAUAGGCAAAGGCGUUGACGUAUCCCUGUCAUUGCACAUUAACCGAAUAUCCGGCGUGGACGAGAGCAAAGAGGUAAAAUUAUAUAACGUUAUUAUUUACUUACGUAUAAGGUCAGUUGCAAACGAUUCGUUUUUAUUUCAUAUACGUUUAGACCAAUAACCUGUAGUAAAAUAAAUAUACUUCCAGUAGUCCAAUUUCUGUUUUGAAAAAUUAUAAACGUAUUUUCAAUGUUUUGCGUCGAAAAUAUUAGUUUAUUUGAGUUUCAUGAGUUCAUUUUACGAAAAAAAUUUUAACUCAUUAUGCAUAAUUUAACUAAAUUAACUGAACGAAAAAACGAACAAAAUAUGUUUUCAACAAAUCACAGACGAUAAAUCGAAAAAUUAGUGAUAGUGGGUGAAUUUUAUUUCAGAUUAUUGGUCAAAAAGGUAAUUUUCAAAUUUUACCUAAAUUUAAGACAAUUUGAAAACCCGUUUAUAACUACCCUAGCUUAAUAAUAAAGUAAUUUAUAACAUUGACGUUUUCAAAAGAAUAUAAUAUAUUAUAAAGUUUGUACAAUUUUUUAAAAAUCUAACAUCUUAUUUUAAGUUAUACCAAAUGAAAAUAAUAUUAAGGCUAUUUAAUAUUAUUUGGUUUUAUAAAAUUCAAACACUAGGUUUUCAAGGUUUUAUAUAACAUCUAUUACGAAAGGGGAAAAAAUGGCACGUGAAAGGGGGAUAGCAGCCAUUUUAUAAAUAUAAUUUUAAUAUUGUUAUGCAGUGCAUGUACCAUAUAAUAUAUACUUGUGCGACGUCAACAGGAAAUAGCGUUGGAUGUGUUUUUGCACGUAUACUGGGAAGACCCACGUAUCCGGAUUUUGGACAACGACACGGGCCAGGUGGAACUGACGUGGGACAAGGAUCCGAACUUUUGGAUUCCCGACCUGUACAUCCGGCAACUGAGGGAGAUGAAGGUGCUCACAGUGUUCCAAGACAUAGCGUCGAUACGGUUGUACAGCAACAGUACGCUCAGGAUUAGCAUCGGGUAACGAAUAUUUUGACGUGAAACGCGAAAUGGGCGGACGAAUGGUCAAUAACUUGAGGCUAUAAUAUUCUGUUAUUGUUGUAUAUUGUUCUGUGCAGCGCAACGAUAAUAAUCAAAUGCGACAUGGACUUCGUACUGUAUCCGUUGGACGUACAGGCUUGUGCCGUCGAUUUUGGCAGCUGUAGGCUCAUUAUUUUUUUUUUAAAAUUACUAUAAUAUUAUUAAAAUACAUAAAAAAUACGGCCUAAAUAGCAUAAAUACGCAUUUUAUUUUUCUUAUCCCUCCACCCCGACGACGCCAUUUUCGAUAUCGUCUCUAUAUACGUACCUAUAUAUAUCUUAUUAUACCACUGUAAUAUGUGUAAUUUUUUUCUUUUCUGUUUUUUUUUUUUUUUUAUUUUUUUAUCCGUUUCAUUUUCCUUCGACAUCCGUUAUACAGACAAAUACACGGUGAUGGACAUGAAAUUCCGGUGGAGAGACGAUCCACUGAGUUUCCCGAGCGACUUUGGCGAUGGGUUCCGAUUGCCUCGUUACGUCGUAUCGUUUGUCACUGACAACCGUUCGAAUGUGAUUUAUUAUGGCGACGGUAAGUUUAAAACUUGUUAACGCACUAUUGUUACUUCUUACACAUAUAUAUAUUGUAUAUUUUCGUAUGACGGACACCGUGUAUUCCAAUUAUUAUCGAUUCUGUUUUAGACCGUUUCGUUUUUCCGAAUUAUAUCUAAACAAACGUAAACGAAAUAAUAUCCGUGCAUUUCCUUUACGAAUUUCCUAUACGCCAGGUGUCCUACGAAGAUAUUUUAUAGUAACGCCCAUUGAUGUGAUAUAUUCUGAGAUAAUGAAUACAGGAAGUCAAAUUUUGUUUUUUAUGUGACUCACAGAGAUUAGGAAUUUAGAAUUACAAAUAUUCAAGUUUCAAUUGAAUUUGUACGUUUCGGCAAACAUGUUUAAAAAAUUCCUAACUUUUUAUUUUCAAAAAAAAAAAAAAGCAGACCGUCCAGGUUUCAACUUUCAAGCCUUAUUAUAAUACUAAAUCUAUUGUAAUAGUAAACUAUUAUGAUGAUGGUCCGUGAUGUAAGCUUCAAUGUUUGUUGGCAUUAGUUAGAAAUCCAUUCACGACUAUGGCGGAAAAAAAGAUGCCGUGUUCAGAUGGUAUCCUAUAUAUUCAAAAUUUCCUAUAUCCAUAUUAACUAGAGAUAACUGAAAUGUUUUUUUUAUUUCCUCAAAAAUCGUUUAUUUCGUCUCUCGUCCCCUUUUUCUGAGCAUGGCCGUGAAUCGUACAAUAUGUUUAUAUCGAAUUGAGGAAAAAAAUCCCCUGAUCAAAAACAAUACUAGGAAAAAAAAGGCCCCAUUGUAAAUUAAUACGUACACUUUAAUAAUAAAAAAAAACACGAUAAAUAUUUAUUAUAUAUUUAUUAAAUGUUUAUUAUUUUAAGUUAAUAAAAAACACAAGCAAUUUAAAAACAAUUUUUUAAAAGCACGAUUUUCAUAUGUUAUUAGUGUUCAUACAGAACAAAACAACAAAUCGAUUAAUUAAAAACAUGUAAUAUAGGUAAUUUAAAAACAUGAAAUACUUCUUCGGUUGUUGUUUAUUUGCACGCAUGUGUGAUGUAGGUACAAGUAUAGGUAUACUUGUAUUGGAACUCUACCUAUAUAAUGUUUAUCUUAUUUCUGAUUAAUUGCUUCAAUAAAAAUCCUAAAUACGUAUACUUCUAUUGGGAAUCUAUUAAUCUGUGUAUAUAUUGGACAUAUUUGAUAAUUAAUAUGCACAAUAACAACCUAAGAAUAGCACCUGACAUUCGAAAACUGUGCGUUUAAAAAAAUUGUUUUUAAAUUGCUUGUGUUUUUAGUAAAAUAAAAAAUAAUAAGUUUGAUAAAUAUUUAUAUAUUUUUUUUUUUUUUUUUUUUUAUUAUUCUUAUUAAAAUGUACGUAUUGAUUAAUUCACAACUGGGAUUUUUCUCCCUAAUACCGUUUAUAUUACGUACCGCUGUUUGGUAUAUUAUUAUACGAGUACCUCAUACCGCUCGGCGUGGUUUACGGUCACUCUCGCAUAACGAUGGAAUCAUUAUGACGACGCGCGCAUAUUGUUUACCGCCGCGGACUUACCAGCUAAUUAAUGGAUCGAUUAGGCACACGCGCGCUCGAAUCAAAUUAAUCUUCCGCAUUAUAUAAUAAUAUAAUAUGACCAUUAAAUACAGUAAUGGGUUUUAGUUUGAUCAACAACGCGGGAAGCGCGAUGAAAGCUGCCGCCCGCCCGUGCGUGAUUAUUGUUCCGAUGGAUUAUUAUAACGCGUUUCAUUUGAGUGAAGUUUAAAAAUCAUAAAAAAAAAAAAAAAAGAAGCUGUUCCAGGAUAAUGGGAACGGGUGCAGCCGCCGUUAUAGAUGAGAAGUUGGGAAGGUUAAGUGAAUGGGGAACGCAAUGUAUAUCCGCAGUAGGUACGCAACGGUUAUAAUCAUUGCUAACGAAAAAACGAUUCUGAACGGAGUUCGGUGUUGAUAGUGUUGCUUUGUCAACAAUAUAUACGUCAUAUUAUGGUUAAAUAAUUUUGUAUGUAAAUUUUCUUUAAUAGUAUUGUACCGAUUUUCCCAUUUAUCGGAAAAACUCCUGAAAAAAUAAAAAAUGACCUCCCCAAAGUACCUGCCCAGUCCGAUUUCCUUUCAGAAAAAUUGCUAUCAUUGUAAAUUUGAGCAAAAUUGCUUGUAGAAAAGUUGAAAAAAAAAUCAUACAUAAAUAAACAUCAUUGUAAAACCAAUACAUUCUUCACUCCACCCAGAACCUGAAAGAACUGAUACUGGGGACAGGCGUGGCCACUGUUGUAUGUAGGUAUAAUGGGGAAGGUGGGAUACAUAAAGUAAUAUUCAAUUUAUACCUGUAACCAACGAUAAACCAUUGUUAAAGAAAAACGAUCCGGAGCGAAGUCGGGUUAUACAUGUUUUGGAAGGGCGUAAUAUUUACGAUUUUCGUCAAAAUUCGAAAAAAAAAUACUACGUUAAAUUGAUUUUAUUUUUCAAAAAAUCCGUUCGUCAAUGUCUCGACAUUCGUCAUAGCUUAACUUUUAUCUUUCUUUAUGCAAAAAAAACAAAACAAAUAAUAACAAUAUUGAUAAUAACUUAGGUACUGAAAUAUUAUUUAAUGUCGAUUGUGUAUUACAUAAGGAACCCAUUCCACGGCCAGACUGGUGAUCACGCUGAGUCGAGAACUCAGAAGCCAUUUGCUGGAGAGCUACUUGCCGAGCACGCUGUUCGUCAUCAUGUCGUGGGGCAGCUUCGUAGUCAUGCCCGAAGUCGUGCCGGGCCGUAUGGUUCUACUGGUCACGACCCUUCUGUCGUUGGUCACCAUGUUCGAUACCGUAAGGUACGAUGCACAUAUAUGAUUUUCAUUUUUUUUUUUUUCACAAUAUUAAAAUGUUUCUUACACAAACAGUAAAUGUAAAAGUGCAUUAAAUUUCAAGUGAAGAGAACAAUGAUGUGUAUCACCAAACGAUUUAAUUUUACUUACUACUGAAACAUGUCGACGGCGAACUCUACAACCUACAUUUUAUAAUUUUAAAUAUAAAUUAUUCGUACCAUCGUUACUAUAUUAUAUUAUUAUAGUCAAACAAACAAAAACACAAAGGUUUAAAAAUUACACAGACGCGUGUCAAUAUACGCAUGCGAGUGAUUUGAAUACGAUCGUGUUUAUUUAAUAAAGCUAAAUCUUGUAAAUCGUAAAUAGUAUUAAAUAUACAUUUAAUACUAUUACAAUAUUGGAAACGCGCACUCGAAACAAAAAUCACAUAAAAUUAUUGUAUUCGAAAUUAAUCAAAUAAUUCGAAAAUAAGGUUUACGCGUUAUAUUAUAUAUCGGUAUGUGUCGCGUUAUGAUUUUAGUAAAAUUCGAAUGCACGCAAUUCCUAACGAUUAUGAAUUAUCGAAUGAAUUGUUUCAAAUGCUAUUAUUUUUGUUGGCCGUCGUCGCUGUAAUGUAAAUCCGAUUUCCAUAUAAAAUGUAUAGACCAACAAAUAAAUGUCAAGUAAAGGGACAGAAACAAGACGAUCGUUGGUCGAGCGGAAUGAAAGAACACAAAAAGCAGGGUUGCGAAAACAACCAUUUAAAAAUAAUAACAAACAAAAUCUGUUUUUGUUCGUUUUAAACGUGUUUUUGUGUUUAAAAUAUGUUUUAAAUUAUAAUCAAAUGUGUAUACGUUUCAAUAGCACGGCUUAUGCAUGUUUUGUUUUUGUUUUAAACAUGAUUAUUUGUAAUUGGUUAAUUAUAAAUACAAUUUUUUAUAUAAUUAUUUAAGAAAAAAAUAACAAUCGAAAAAAAAUGUUACUUCUUUAUCCAAAAUUAAUAGGAACUGGUUAUUUUUAUUUAUAUUUUAAGAAUAAAUAGGAACAAUAUAAAUAUUUUCACUCAUAACAUAUCAGUCAUUUUAAUUUAAUUUUUAAACGUUUAAAUAUUUAUAUACAGGAUGAUUCAUUAUGAGUGCUCGCCCUGCUCAGGAGUACAAUUUGUGUGGCAGCACGGCACGUGGUGUUUUAUUAGUGCUCCACUACUCUCCCCCCACCUAAAUUUACAUAAAGUGAAAUAUAUCGUUAACGGGUUGACGGAAAUCAAAAUUUUUAGCACCAAAAUUUAUUUAAAGUAAUACUCCGUCUAUUUAUGGAAUUUUUAAUAUAGGCUCUCAUUUGAAAAACCAAAGUUGGCAUCACCACAGGAUACUCCUUAAAUGCUGUGGAAAAUCUAAGUAUUUGAAAAUAUCGGCUUUAACUACGCUUAAAAAUUUCAAAAAUCAGAAUUUUAAUAGUACGCAAAAUUCAACUAUAAAAAUGAGGUGAACACGCUUAAGAAAUCAUCCUGUGUAAAACGUUUUAAACACGUAUUUAAAACAAGUUUUUAAACACUUUGUACAUUUUGAGAGAAGGAUUGGAUGAAAUAUUGAUUGGGAAUAAUGCGUGCGUGUUAAAGAGAUAGAGACAGGAGGAAAAAAGUUGUGAUGAUAACUCUUGAAGAUUAGUAUGUCGUGCUAGAGAAGAACGGCCGCAAUUCCUUUGGGAAGUUUUUACACAAAACUUAUACAUUCAAACUUUUUAAUCACAAUUUAGUAUUAUAAUUUCAAACAAUAUAUAAUAUUAGAUAACACUAUUAUACAGGACCAACAGAUUUUUGUUUGACUAUUGUUUAAUGGCAUCAUUGGGUUACACAUUUCAUGUUUUAUUAUAAUAUACGAGUAUAUGUUAUUUGAUGGAGUUUUUUUUUCUCUUUCGUUUUCGUUCGGAUAUUAAAACGACAAAUUAAUUUCUCUAUUCAAAUUAAAAUACAAUCAUUAGCUCGAAAUUGCGUAUGCUAAUAUUUAAAACGUAUAUUUAUUUUUCUGAAAAAUUAUGCUAUAUGUUCUGCGGGUGUGCGUUUAAUAAAUUAUAUUAUAAUGUUACGUGAAUUCAAAUUAUUAAACCGACCCAGUUUCUGCACUGCAGUAGCUACAAAAGUUACGACUAUUACUAUAGGAAUAUUAAAGUCACGAGUUUAAAACUUUAAAACAACCUUGGUAGGUAGCGAAAAAAAUAAUAAUAUACAACAUGCGAUAUCUUGAUAUGUAUAUUAAAUUUUUUUUUUUUUCUAAUUUAACGUUUUUCAACUGCGAAAUAAAACUUUGCGUAAAUUUUAUAACUCGCUGAACGUAUUAUGUUAUAGUUUAAUUUGUCGAAAAGAAAUUAUUAUUAUUGACAUUUAACGGUUAUACUGUAACUCUUACGAUUUAAUAAAAUUUUUACCUGUUUUACGGAAAUUUAAAUUACAAAUUUAUUAUUAAAAUAUACAAGUAUAUUAUGAUAUCUAUGUAUGAAAAAAAAUCAGUUUCUAUAUAUAGUGUACACUGUCUAUGCGAGACGUUAUAUCGGAAUGAGAUUUUCAUCCGUCUUGAGUCUCGAUGUUACCAAUUCGUCAGUUUGAAAUGUAAAUACGUAGAAAAAAAAAAAGAACAUAUUCACUGGUACCUUUUUCGUAUGAGUAUGUAUAUGAAUUUAAUAAAAAGAUAAGUUCGAUUUUUCUCAGGUAUAAAGGUUGAGUUACAGAUUCCGAACGAUACGAAAGGUAGAAUAUAUUGGUGUUACUACCCACGUAUUUUUCAUUUUUUUUUUUCUUUGUCUGUAAACAACUUUUACCACUAUACUAUUUUACCAUACUAGUGUAAACCACUAGAAAUCUUACUCCAAUCAAAAACUUUGUGGGAAGUUUCUAAUAGAAUUUUCGAUUUAAUUGGUGAAUUUGAUUUUCCUGACAAAUUGUAUAAUUUUUGUAGAUUUAUUGAUUACCUUGACAACAAGAGAAAUAAAUGCGACUGAAUAUUGAUAAUACUCUGGUGAGAAUUGGUUUCGUUAGAAAUGAUUUAUCGUUAUGUACAUAUAUAAAUGACAUUAGGUACUCUAUAGUCUAUACAUCCAUCUAACUUCCCUCCGAAAACUGUGGUAAACUUAUUCGCAGUAUCAGAUUUUUAGAUUUGGAGCGUAGCGAAAGAUCUCUUGGAUUUACUGUGAUGUGUGUUUUUUUUUUAAUUUUAUUUUUCAGUCUGUAAACAAUUUUUUUAAAAAAAAACUUGCACCGAUGUAUCAAGUGAUAUUCGAUGUUUUAGAAAGGUAAUUUUAUCUCGUUAGUGCAUUUAUAACGUCGUUUAUUUAUUUUCCAAGUAGUUUUCAUAAUAACGAGGAAAACCGAAAAAAUAUGUAAAAAUAAAAAUUUACGAUGUUACUAUUUCAUUAUUUUAGAUUUUUAUGAUUUAUGUUUUCUAUCAGAAAUAUUUCUCCAAUAAAAAAAAUACAACAAGAGAUAUAGUAAGAAAGUCGUUUUUUCUAAAUUUUUCCUGAAGUUUCUGAUAGUUUUUAUUCUCUUUUAUAGGUUAGGUUAGAUUUUAUUCAUCUAUACUGAUAAUUUGUCGAAUUUUCCUUAAUAAUCGAGACGAUUGCACUAUAAAUACAUUAAUUCUGUUAUAUCUCAUAGAGAGGUAUGCGUUUAUACACUUAUAAAGUGGUUUCCUUUGCAGGAUCAAAUGUGAGCUCAAUGAGCUUCAUUGAAUUUCAUAUGAUAACUGGAACGUUCACCAAUCAAUGUAGCCUAAAAUAACAUGUUAGAAAUAGAUUACCUAACCCUACAUAUGAUGUUUAUAUCUCUGACUUACAUAUGGCGUUAAUAUCUAAUCUUCAUUUACCGAGAUAUAAUUUUUGAUAUAUCGGUGAAAAAUAAUAAUCGUAGACUUUAAAUGUUUAACAACAUAUUUAUAUUGGCCCUUUCUAUACGUGGUGAAGGUGUACAAACAUUAAUUGGAUUUUCGAGUUACUUCAAAGUAUACAUACUUCUAAAACCGUCUAAACAUUUAAAGGCAUUUUUACUUUUAUUUGAAUAAAAUUAUUGUAUUGGCCAAACAGAAAAGCCAAUCAUUAAACAUAAGGUUCGUCAUAAUUUUGAAAUAGUGUAUAGUAUACUAUUAUAAUAUUAAAAUUAAAACUAAGCAUUAUUGAUAUUAAAAAACUAAAAACUAAAAAAGGUUCUUUAAGCUUUCUCACUCCUACAAGCCUAAAAAAUCUCAAUGGAGUUAGGGUCAUGAAAUUAUGAAUAAUAUUUAGUAAUGCUUCAAUGACAAAUAAGUGCCAUUUUUAGGAGGAUUUAUCUCCCAACCCCUGCCCCAGACAUUUUUAUACUCGUAUUUCGUGUUUUUACAUACAGAGUACCCGAAAUAAGUAACGACAACAAAAUAGCUGAGGGAAAAAUUGUACUACGACGUAGCUCUGCUCCUUACGGGUUUAUGAAGAUCUACAAUAUUUAUAUGUAUACUUAAUAUGUUUAUAACAAAAUUAUUUUAUGACAAAUCUCAGGGACAACAUCAGCCUUUGUAUUAUUAUUGUUAUACAUUUAGGAUGAAAAUAAAAAUAAUAAAACAGUCUACUCGUAUACAGCCUUAAGACGUAGUUGUAUACAAUUUUUUUACAUCCUUUUGAAUAUUAUAAUACAUAAUAUAUUAUACAUAAAUGAAGAUUUUUUUGUUUUUAUUUUUUUUAAUUUGAAUUAUUUAAAAAAAUACGUUUGAAAUGUUUUCGAGAUAAUAAUAAAAACGUGCGGAAGUGUGUUUAUAUAGACUAAUUAUACUUACCUAUAUAUAUAUACACACAUUGUUUAUUAUACCUGCCUUCAAUUCAUUUCCUCCGAUUUUACUCUAUUGCAGCUAUAUACAGACUAUUAAAAAGACAUUUUUUUUUCAGCUUUCUUACAAUAUUAUAUUAUAGGUAUAUACGUUUACAACACUGCGUUCAUAUUAUUUAAGCAUAUACUGUGAACUCCGGAUUAUAGCAGUGUUGUAAAUAUACGUAUAAACAAAAAACAGUAAAUAUUAUAAUUAAUGUACUCAAAUCAUUGAAAAAAAAAAAAAAACAUUACAAAUUAUAUUGUAAUAUACCUAUACUCGUAUACAUAUGUCCAAUAAUAAAAACACACUUAAUCACGAACAUAACGCGUGCGAUUGAAAAAGUAAUCUUAAAAGCAUCUUACAACACAAAAACGAUUUAAUUUAUGUAGUCGCGUGUGACUACCGUAUAAUAAAAAAAAUCGUGCGCCGUAUGCUUAAAAAAAAAAAAAAUUAAAAAUUGUACAAACAAACCGAUGGACGUAUAUAAUUUAUGCAUAGGUAAUAGGCAUAAGCCAUUUCGGCCACUGCCCUGCCGCAUUAACGGAAAAUUUCGCGCUGUUAUAGUUAUUUUAUUACCUCGAAUCCUCUCUUGUAGUCGUGUGACACUGUGACCCAGUUUUAGAUUAGGUCAAGUUAGGUUAUAUGAAGUCAAGAAACGCUGGUAUAUACGCGUUUAAACGUUUAAACGUACUAAGACGCAAUAAGAUUUUAGGAAAUGGGCCGUUUAAGAAAUUCGAAUUCGAAUUGAAAAUAACUUAAAUAAAAUUAAUAAAAGUAGAUAUUGACCAUUACGAUUCGUAUUAUAAUGUGUAUCGGUCAAAACCGGGAUUAUUUCAGGAAAAACCCUCAUAUUCCUCGCAGAGUGAUUUGAUUUCAAUCAUUUAGUUAUUUAUUUAUUUUUUGUUUUUGUGAAAAAAAUUCUUUAAAGACGCAUUAGACUAGGAUUGUAAAAAAAUUGUACUUCCAAACAACAUAAUACGCGUUUUUAAAUACGAACAGUUUCAACUCAUUUUGUGCUUCGUGAGUUUUCGAUACAUUAUCAAAGCUUGGAGUCUACAGGAAUAUAGUUGUCCUCUAUUUAACGCAAAACAAAUAUCUCAACAGGACACUAUACGAGUCAUAAUGGUUGGUUCUUGUAAAUCACGUGUUGAGCAUGAAAAUAGGUCACCUUAACACCUUAACGUAAAAAUUAAAACUUAUUGUUAAAAACUAUAUUUUUAGAAUAAUAUUAAUUGAAAUUAUUUGCACAGUUUGUAAAAAAGCCACGAACAAAACCUUAAAUAAUAAUUAAGGUUCAGAUUUAAAGGCAAUAUAAUCAAUAAAAAAAAAAGCAUUUAAAAUGUGAAAAAAGGCAAAAAAAAACGCAUUUAAUUCAUAUAAAAGCAAUUAAAAAGUUAAAAAAUUAAAUAGAUUUCAUUUGAUUUAACUAGUUUGUUUUAAAACAAACAUUCAACACCAUUUACAUAGAUAAACAAUCUUCAGUAAAACGUUGACGGUUUGGGCUCAAAAUAUUUUUGUACAAAAAAAAUGGUCUUUCUGAAGUUACGGGACGUAUUUCUUACAUAAAUAAUUAUCUAAAUUAAGAUUGCUACUUAUUAAAUCGUCAUCGUUUGUUGUUUCUCCAAUGAAUACUUGGUUGAUUUUUUUUUUAUGUUUUCCCAUCCUUUGUUCUUCGACAUGACUUUGUUGAAUUCAUCCAAAAUCAAUUUAGCCUCUUCGCCAUUGUAUUCUUCAAGUUUAAUCUCAAUAUUAUUUACAAUAUCUAUACUUUUCGAUUUUAACUUUUAUAAACGUUAAAUUAACUGGCCAUACCAAAUAAUUGAUAAAGCAAUUAGCGAUGUCGCCGAAAUAACAUUAACAAUGCACCGUCUUCACAAGCUCUUAUCUAUUUGUCCUGUUAACACGUAAUUCGUGUAUAAAACUAUCAGGUCAAAUGAAAAUUAAGCACAAAAAAGGCAUUUAUAAAUAAAAUAGGUAUUUAUAAGUAAAAAAGGCAAAAUAAAUACAUCCAUCUUCUUCGAUAUUAAAUGAAACACAUUUUAAUUUCAAAAUUAUUUUCCUAUUAUUAUUAUUAUUAUUGAGAAAAGGUUUUUGCCUUCAAAUCCGAACCCUAAUAAUAACCAUUGUCGUCGACUCGGCAAUUUGUAAUUUAGUCAUUGUAUUGUACUAUCAUUUUACGGGAUGCGGUUUUUUUUUUUUUUCAUUUUCGGUGCACCGAUACCGCUACAUCAGGAACAACUCGCCGAGUGCGCUGGAACUAAAAUGCAUCGAAGUGUGGCUGAUAUCGUGCACGCUGUUCGUGUUCCUGGCGCUGGUCGAAUACUUUGUCGUGCUGUUCGGCAUGCGGUACGACAAGCACUGGCGGCACAAGAAACGCGACCUGGACGGCGGCGUCAGUGGCGCGUUCAAUUGCAUGCCCCUGCCACAGUUGUUCGGGUCCAACAAAGUGCACGCGACAUCCGAGAGCAACGUCGCCGCCACAGCGGACAACGUCAAUUCGGUUGGUGAACUUCCAAAACUCAAAUCCCGUCCGUCCGCCCGUACACCGUAAACUUCAAAUUUUCGAGCAUUGUUAUAGGUUCCUUGAAGAUUUGAACACGCGCUAGAAAUCGAUACAUGUUUCGGCUUGCGAUAAGCGAGUUCCUUUUAAAAAGGAAUUCGUUCCCGUUUCUCGUCCCUGUGUUUAAAAAGGAAGCAUCACUCCUAUGAAAGGAACGCGUUCCCUUCUACUACUGCAAAAACUACUAUAAAUACAUUCCUCACUAACCUCAACAUCUAAUAAGAAAAUAUCACUGUACACUAAAUGUUUCGUAAAACAUUAAUACGGAAUUUUCAAAUAUUCUUAAAAUACAACUUAGGUACCUAUAAUUUAAUACUUCCGUAUAGUUUCAUAAUAAUCGUAGAGAAUGAGAAAGACGAAUAUAUUAGACUACUAAUUACUAUCGUAAGCGGAAAUUUUCCCUAAUUUUAGAGGGUGUUAAUAUUUUGAAACAUUUUAUAUCAAAACCGUUCUCUGCGUUUGCGAAAAUCACCUUACCUUAAAACAUCAUGAAAAACCUAAGUGUAAAUUUAUUUUAGAGAAUAUUUGUUUAUACAUUUUGGUAUGCAUAACAUUAUAAUAUCAGAUUUACCGUUUAUGAGUUAUAACCGUUUAAAGUUUAGACCGAAGGAGCGGGGACGAGUUAUCAAUUUAUCAUUUAAAAGUAUACAUGCAAUUUAAUACUCUUCACAACUCUUCCAGUCUAAACUUUAAACUGUUAUAACUCAUUAACGGUAUAUGUGAUAUUAACGUUAUGCAUAUUAAAAUUUCUAGAAAAAUUUUCUCUGCUCAAAUCUGCGUUUAAAACAAGAAGUUCCUAUUUGAAAAUCAAAAACAUGUACUAAUUUAAAGUAUAUAAAUAGGAGUAUAUAUUAAAAAUAAUUUUAAAAUCAAGCUUAAAUGAUUCCACAAUGAUUAAAAAAAAAAAAAAAAACAGAAAUCAAAUUCACUUAAAACUUUUUUAGAUAAUUUGUUCAUAAUAAAAAAAAUCACUCUGUAUUAAACGCAUGUACAUUAUCUACACAUUUAUUAUUUAUUGUAGUGAUCAUGCGACCACUGACUAUUUUAAACUCAGUAUAUUUAGGGAUGGCUAAUUUCUCUGUGUAUACGUUUUGAGGGGCUUUUUCAACUCAACCCUUUCCCUGACUUCCGACUAUGAGCACUAUAGAGAAUAUUAUAGGAAUAUAAAAGUUUUUCGUUAUAAACGUCAAUUAUUUUUUCAAAUAUUUAUAAAAAACGGAAUUAUCAAUCGUUUAACGGGUUUUCUUCUUUCUAAUAAUAAUGUAAAAAAAAAAAAAUAGGAAAAACAAAGACUGUUAAAUAACAGACAGUAGUUAGUUAUACACGUAGUCUUGUCGGGGUACAUUCGGGUUUGUUCUAUAUAUUCAGAGAGAAAGAGGGCGAGUGAGAGAGAAAAAAAAGGGUUUACAUUAAGUCGGUGUAACUGCGGCGAUCGUUAUAAUUGUGUUUACGAGGUGUCUCCGGCCCGUUGAGUACACACUGCACACAGUUGCGAGCAGCCGAGAAAAUACAAUUACUCGAUGAUUCUCUACAGUUGUUUGACGCCAUCGAGUUUAUACGAUUAUCGGGGACGGAUUUAUAGUUGAAGGGCGAUUAUUGUGUCCCGAAGUGUUAAGAUAUCGGGUCAGGUGUACUUACAUAAUAAAUUAUUUUUAUUAUUAUUGUACGCCGUUGUCGUUCUGUCAAGGAUCUGACGGCGCCGAGAUAACACUGCAAAUCAUUAAUAAUUAUUUACAAUAAUGUUUAAGUAUAUGGUUAUGCAGAAUGAUCGAUAUAACGUAUAAAAAACAUCAUUAUCUCGGGGAAACAUUUACUUUUUUUUAGAUUUUUUUUUUUAUUUCUUGAAAAAUUUAAGAAAUAAACAGCGCUACAGAUAUUUAAGUACCGUUUUUUUUUUUUUGUCACACCAAUGUUUGGGCACGGAACCGUCGCUACCUCAUUUCGAUUUUCAAACGGCUAUCUACAGUUAUGUAUAAAAUUCCAUAAAUAAAUUGUAAUUCAGUUUAAAUACUUUCGUUUUGGCGUUGGCAUUAAUUUUCGUUAAGCCGUUGAUGAUAUAUGUUUCACUGUGAAUUUGUAUUUAUUUUGUGGGUAUGGGAAUUAAUGUUGGAGCUACAUGAAUAACGCUUACUCUCUUUUGUAUAUUUCUAUUUAUUUAUUUAUUAAUUUAUCAAUAGAUACAGGACAAGCUCAAAAAAUAAAAGUAAAAAAAAGAAAGCAACAAAUAAAAAAGAGUUGCAGAUUAAAUGAAUGGUCUGAGUUGGCUACGCGCAUAAGGCGAGAAAUAUGAGAGCUGAGAGACUAAUAUUGAAAGAAGACUACGAAAUUAUGAAAAGCGGUGAAGAGCGGGUAUGACGGAGAAAAAUUCUAAAAGAUAGCUAAAGAGAAUAAAGAUAAAGAGAACGAUAAAGAGAAUAGGAUAAUGCAUUUUUCUAGAGAUGAGAUUAAAGAGAAUUAAGAGAUUAAAAAAGUGUUUGAUAUCAACAAGGUUAAAUAGGCGUAAAUCUUGAAGAACGAAUGAGUAAUCAUGAAAGGAUAUAGGAUAUUAAAACGGGAGACGACUAAAUGGAACAAUUUACGUUUAAUACGCUCAAAUGCGGUUUUUCUGUCGGACGUGGAAGGUACUGAAGGACGGAACCGUAUCGCAAGAUAGUGUAAACAAAGUAAUUGUUUAGAAAAAUUCACCACGUCUAGAAAGUGCUAAUAUAAGUAUGAUAAUAAUAUAUAAGCAGCAAUAAUAAUGUAAGUAUUUUGCGAAAAUUUCCUGUCUCUAUAGAUUAUUUUUAACUGAAAUACAAUUUAAAAAAGAGCUGAUACCGCCGUCGAGUGUGUCAUUAUUUAGGUGGAAAGUUGGAAAGGUGGGACCUACAGUGUUGUUUAAUUUAUAUCUGUGGACAAUGAUAAACAAUUAUAAACAAAAAACGAUUCUGAGUGAAGUCCGGUUAAACGUAUUUUGAAAUACCAUGAUUUUAAACUUAAAAUGUUUUUAAAAAAAAAACGGAUUGGUGGUCGGUUUUUGCUCAGAAUCUAUAAAAAGUCAAUAUUUAAUUUAUGAUAUAAAUACGUAGAGUAACUUCUUGAUUUUCUUAUUUCUCUGCAAGUUCUCGCCAAUUGCCAAAAUUGCAGUGUCUAAAGUUUGUAUAUGAUUACUGUCUGAUGAACAACUGCAUAUAUAAUAAAAACGACUGAACUAAUUGGCGGAUUAUAGAGUGGGCGUAAUCCAUAGGACGUGUACAUGAGCAGGUAUAUAAGCCAGUGAAUCGAAAAACAGGUAUUUAAGGGGUCGUGUAUAGGCAAUGUUAUGCUUUAUACAUAGUUUUUUAUUGUGUAGGUGUUCUGAAAUAAUUGUGAGAGUAUCGUUUCGAACAAACCAGGGAGCAUUUUGAAAUUACGUGCAUGACUUUGGAUUGGAAUACAUGUAUGUUGUUUAUGUGAACGGUGGCGCGUUUUCCCCAGACAGAGAUUGCAUACAAUAGUAUAGAUAGAUCGGAUAAUUUGUUUAUACAACAAUAACGAACAACAUUUUCAGCUCAAUGAAGUUUUACGAUUCAUUAGCGGAUAUAAUAUUUUUAAGCGUUGAUUAAACCCUUUGUAUAAAUACUAUAGGAGUAUGGGAACGUGCAGGUCACCCUGCGUGGCAAUGACUAGGUAAACAUAUUUUGUUUUUCGGAACGCUCCUCUUUCAUAUUAUUCAUCAACUCCGUCGUCCUACGGUACUAUUAUUCUUCCGAUAUAAAGGCUGAUAAAGGGUUUAGUGAGCCCGAGGCUAACGAGAAAAUGGACUGGAUUAAACAGUAUAUAACAAUAACAAAACAAUGCAAGCGGACAGGGCCGAUAAGCACCUACAGUGUAACCCGUAAAUAAAACACAUUUUUCGUCGACGAACUACAUUAUACUUUUGUUUAUUUAAUUGUAUAAUAGAAUGCGCUCGACAGUACCGUAACAAUACUCCGUGGCACAGGCAUCUUUGUCGAAUUUUACAUAUUGCAUCUUAUCAGAAUAUGGAGUGGAUUUACAUCCACUUAACCCCAAAAGCGAGGCAAUGUAAUGUCCGAAAAUAUUUCAAUAGAAACGUAUUUUAUCCGAAAAGUAAUAAAUACGAAAGUAAAAUAUACGAAAAAUAUUUUAACAGUCAACUCCCCGAAUCAAUUUCUUAAUAAAGAAAUACUAUAAGCGUACGUAAUCAAUAUAAUAGGCGCUUAAGCAACUUUCCCCCCCCCCUUGCCCCAAAAAAAAAUAUUGGGACUCUUUGAAUCUAUAAAAGGCGUAAAAGUUCCAUUAAAUUUUGAAAACAAUCUAAAAAAAGACGUACUAGGAUAAUGGAGACGAGUACAGCCACUGUUAUAGAUAAUUUAAUAUAUAUCUGUAAGCAGCGAUAAACCAUUGCUAACGAAAAAACGAUUCUAAGCGCAGUUCAGUUGAUAGUGAUGCUUUGUCAAUAAUAUAUAUGUCAUAUUAUGGUAAAAUCUUUAAUGAGUUAAUUUUCUAUAAUAAUAUUUGUUUAGUAUUGUAUCGAUUUUCCCGUUUUUCCGGUUUUCCAUGUUUUUCCCGGACUAUCACAUUUUCUAAGAAAACUCUUGAAAAAAAUCGAAAAAUGACCUCUCUAAAAUACCUUCCCAGCCAGAUUUACAUUCAGAAAAAGUGAUAUCAAUGUAAAUCAAAGCAAAAUAGCUGGUAGAAAAGUUGUACACAGAAAAAAAAAGGCCAUAAUAUUUUCUUUUUACUAAUACUUACAUUUCGUACAUUUUCCGUUUUCCGACAUUUUAUCGCGGUUUUUUCCAGUUAUUAUGAAAACCGAUUGAAAAAUCACAAAAAUGACUUCCCUAAAUCAUGGAGAUGAAAUUUCCUUUCAGAAAAUAAGUUACACUUAGUACAUGGGAGCAAGAUUUCUGAUAGAAAAGUUUGCACUAGAAUGACAAUACGUUUUCAUGACCAUUCAAAUACCACAAAACAAUAUGAAGUUGUUAAACAUAACAUGUAAUAUCUCCAUAAUAUCUGAACUUCAAACAGCUAUAAUUUCGAAACUGAGUCAGUCCGCUUAAUUCUGACUUUACCAUCCUUCUUAAAUCGGCAAUAUAUUCGAAAAAAAAAAAAUUAAAAAUUAGAUUUUUCACAUCAUUUUUUACUCAAACGAUUUUCGUCAAAAUGUAGUAUCAAAAUUCCUUUAUAAAAACAAAUACUUCAUUGAACUCAAUAUUUUUUUUUUACCGCAAAGUAAGAUUUAAUGAACCUCCUGUUAAAUUUCCAAGCAUUUCUGUUAAGUCUAACAAUAUUUACGAUAUUUACGUAUAUAUAAGUCUAACCACAGAGCACCUAUUGAAUACAAAUUACGUACAGAACUCGUGAAAUUAAAAUGUCUAUAAAUAGCUCAAAAAUUGCUUAAAUUGUUUGAAAAUUGUAUUACGUCUAGAAACGGUAAAUAUAAGUUUUUUGUCCGAAUUUCAAGUCUCUGUGAAUAUUUUCAACUGAAGUACAACAAGUAAUAAAAUUGAUAAGAUAAUAAAAGCAUUAAUUGAUUUCGUACAUUUCUCGUUUUAUCUUGGUUUUUCUCAGAUAUUAUGAAAACUGCUUGAAAAAUCAAAAAAUCACCUCUUAAAAGUACCAUCAGAAAAACAUUCUCUUUCGGAAAUGGUGCCGCGCGUUUAUAUCUGAGCAAGAUUUAUGGUCGAAUUUUUGUACCAGUAUAAAAAAAAAUAUACAUCUUAGUAAAACUAAUGCAUUCUUCGCUACACUAAGAAUCUAAAAUAUUUUUAACUAUUUUAAUAAAAAAAUCACUCAACAACUUUUUGGAUACGGAUUGCAGCGAGGGAUUUAUUGGUCGAACUAUGGUGCGUGUUUUUUUUUUGAAAUGUUGUUUUCAGUUAGUAAACAACUUUCCGAAAAGAAUACUUUAUCCAAUGUAUCAAGUGAGCCACCUUUUCUGAACAAAAUUAAAGGUAUAACGACAAAUAUUUACAACGCUCUGAAGAAUUACAGAUUUUAUUGUUUUUAUUUUUUGUAAAUUUAAAUCAAAAAUGUAUCUAACGUAGAGUCUUUUAUUAAAAGAGAUUGUAUUUCCUUGGUACCUAAGGAAUGUCAUUUUCUGAUUUUCCACGCGAAUUUCAUAAUAAUUAGGAAAAAAAGGGAAAAUGUACGUACAUGUAUAAAAGAAACUUUGCUCUAGAUCGUUUUUCAUUAGCAAUGGUUUAUCGUUGCGUGCUGAUAUAAAUUGAAAUUCCCUCUAUAUCCCACCUUUCCAACUUCUCACCUACAACAGUGGCCCACCCAACGUGUGAAGUAUGUCCGUAUAUUUUUACUUUAUAGCCCAGUGAUGUGCAAUGAUCGUGCACUAGGCACCAAAAAUUAAAAAAUUGAAUAGCAUACAUAUAUUUUCCAACAAUGUGCAACUAGUUAAAAUGGAGAAUGUUUGAUGAUUUUUUUUAUUAAGUUAUGUGAACUUUGGGGCGCCACCUUCACGUACCCGAAAAGCUGUACAGCGGCAUAAUUACAUGUCAUAGUGAAAUAAAUAGAUCUCUUACUACGCUUCGAAUCUAAAAUAUGUACACACACACACACACACAAAAAGUAAUUGAUUAAUAUUUAUUUGAGGGACGAAAAAUACUCCUGCAGUGUUAGGAACGAGGAAAUGAACUGUAUACUUUUACUGAAUCCCGAGCCGAGCCUGAUGGAAUAAGUUACAUUUUACCGGGGCGAAAGUGAACAUUUUGUUUUUUCUUAUAAAACCUCCCCAAGCAUUAGCUGUGGCCAACCAAUAUUUUUAUGCGUUACGCCGAUAAUAUCGCGUCCUCGAUUUCUUUCUACCCCGGCAUAAUGCGCCGUGUGUUUUUCAGUGACUUUUCAGGCGUAAGUACGGCCGCAAACGAGCGGCCCUAUAAGCACUGUACACUACUAUCCGUUAGCUACUCGUCAGGCGGCUGUAUCGGGCGUGCGGAUGACGACGGCGGGGCACCCGCCGGAUCAAAUAACUCGUAAUAAAUCGUAUUAUCAUGUUUGUCACCAGACGGCGACGAAAGCUCCUGUCCCACUUCCGGCGGCGGCGGUCAACGGGCCGGCGGCCACGUCCGUCGCCGCCGUCGCCGGUAGGUUGCGAUUCCGGUUGCUCACCAAACACGUCAUACUGUAUUGCGGGUCGCAGAGGGGCACCCUGGACCAGGUUUCGUUGGCCCUGUUCCCCGCGUGCUUCGUCGUGUUCACCGUGGCCUACUGGAUAUCGUACAUCACCGAGUCCAACAAGCGCAAAUCGCUGACGGACGCCUGA